AUGUCAUCGCUGACCUCGCUCGCGACCUGCGAGACACCCAAUACCUCGUUAAUUCCCUUGAUUGCCUCUAUUCCACAGAGCAAAUUCUCGGUCAUGCGCUCAACGCAACCCAAUGCUAGAGGCGAUCACCUUCGAGUAGGAUCAAUUGCGCUCUUCUGUCAAAACCCAACGCGGAAGUCAAUUAUUCGAUGCAAGCGUGAGGAUCAUUGCGAUGGACUGCGGCUCCACUUUGGGGGCUUGUCACAUGCAGUUCUCAUUCUUUCCAGAAGCAAGAAUGAUUCUGUAAAUGACAAGGAGGAAACAUGUCUGGUAGCUUGGGUCACGUCUCAUGGUCAUGCCUCUCUGGCAAGUUAUGUCAAGAACUACGAGCAAAGCUCAAGCAUGCAGAGAUCCAUUCCGAUUGAGCAUUAUGAGGAUGCGAAUUGCGUCCAGAUUCUCCGACUAUUGCGUGGCAAGCUCAACAAGCAAUCAUAUGUCAUGGUUGAUCAUGCUUUCGAGAUUCCGGUAUCAAUGCUUCGCAGCUAUGUCUCAUGUGUUGGAAAAGCUCGCGCCUUCCGACUCCAGGAAUCAAGCUAUAUCACCUUGAUGCAAUCUUUCGGCAUGGCUGCGCAAGACUACCGCCCUCAACCGUAUCGUCACUUUCAAUCGUUCGCAUCCCCACCACUAGCAAUUGGCGAACAAGAGGAUGACAAACCACACAUUCGUUAUGCACUCAGCAUCAACAUCACUGAAACGUACGCAAACAGCCACACAUACUCCGGUUCUCGAUCAGCUACAGUCGUUCCUCCACGCCGAGCCGAGUCAUCUUACUACUCAUACCAAACCUCCGAGUUCGUCUCCUUCCCAGCUCUCCCGCCAUCGCCAAAUCAAUCUCCUUGUCGCGGAGAAUGCAAGUCACCAGGCUCGAGAUUGGGCAUGAUGUUGGAUGAGAAUUCACCUUUGCUACCGGCUCCAGCCACCUACCGUCCAAGAGAGCACGUGAGAUUUGGCGAGAGGGUCGGGACAUGGCUUACACUCUUGUUUGCGGUGCUCACUCUUGGCUUGAUUAUUUUCUUCUGGAUUGUUGUAGAGGAAUUUGGUGUUUGGUCUGGUGAUGGUGAUGUGGUAGUCGGGGCUACGAUGAGGCGUUAG